AUGUUAGACUUAUAUUCUCUGAAAAUACUCUAUCUCGUAUUAUUUUUAAUUAAUUUUACGCAAACUGUUGCCGAAAAUGAAUUUUGUGAGAAAUCAGACGAAUAUGGAGAGAUUGAUGAGAAAUGCAAUGUUCAAUCGCGUUACUCGCUAAACCGUUACAUAUUUUACGACGUUAAUCCUCCGGAAGGUUUCAAUCUCAGGAGAGAUGUUUACAUUCGUGUCGCUGUUUUCAUGAGAAACCUAAUUAAACAAAAUAAUAAAUUCAUAUGGAAAUUAGUUUUGCCCCCAUGGGGUAUUUUAUACCAUUGGCAAAGUAAACGCGUAGGAUCCCAAACACAAUUGCCUUGGAAUACAUUUUUUGAUAUCGGAAGCUUACAGAAAUAUGUACCUGUUAUCGAAAUGUUUCAGUUCCUUCGAGAGUACCCUUCGAACAAUAAACGAACACAAAUUGAUAUGGUAUAUAUUCUACAAAACGACGAAGAAAUGUUCAAGACAGGUAAAUUCGAAGAUAAAAAUGAAAUAGUAGAAUGUACGGAUGAGUCUUUACGCUAUACUAAACUGGAACCUAAAAAGUAUAAAGGAUAUUUUUGGGGAUACCGUAACGUAACUUCCGGAGCUGUUAAAUGCAUUAAGUUUCAUGGAACGAUAUCAGAUCUUCGAAGAAAUCUCCAGCCUGAGAUUUAUAGGUCUGUAAUGUUUGAUCGCAUUGAAAUUGCGUUACAUGAUUUCUAUGGUUCCCAGGAAUAUUGGAGAGCUAGACGCAGUAUGCGAUACAAUUCUGAAUUAUAUAAUAUCGCAGCUAAAUACAGAAAAGACUUUCUGAAUUCCACGAACGAAGGUGAUAAUACAAAACGACCAAAUGAUUGGACCAAAGAAAAGAAUAGAAGAAGUGCAGUUGGAGGACCGUACUUGUCGGUACAUUUAAGACGUCAGGAUUUUUUAGUUGGUCAUUCUUCAACGGUACCAACAAUAAAAUCUGCUGCUUCUCAAUUGAGAAGAAAGAUGGACGAACUUGGAUUAAAACUUUUAUUCGUUGCCACGGAUGCUACAGAGGAAGAAUUCGAAGAGCUCAAAAAAUACAUGCUCGAUCGUACAACUCUUAGAUUUAUUCCAUCGGAUUAUGUAUUAAAUAAAUUUAAAGAUGGCGGGGUUGCGAUUAUUGAUCAAAUAAUUUGCUCCUAUGCCAGAUAUUUUCUGGGAACGUAUGAAUCGACUUUUACAUUUAGAAUACAAGAAGAUAGAGAGAUCAUUGGUUUUCCUACUAAAACAACGUUUAAUGUGUUAUGCAAAGAUGAUAAAAAAUGUGACUCUAACGGACAGUGGAAAAUAGUUUGGUAAUAUGUAAAAUCGGUUGAACAAUUUUUUACCCACGAGAAGAGCAUAUUUAUCUGCGAUAAUUCCACCGCAGAGAAGUGGGAAUUUUUCCUUUCUGCGCAUGCGCAAGUGACGUCACAGCUAACUGUCGUCCGCUACCACAGAUGUAUCUUGAGCACAAGAGGAG